UAUCAACACAUUCUUGGAUACAGUUUGGUUUUUGUCAUUGCAGAUUUUGUCACUGCAAUGCUUAUUCGUUCAACUGGCCUGAAUCUUCAAAAAGCAUAUUCUCAAAGAUUGAAAUCACUAGGCCUUGUUGGACUGUUGGAAAAUUCAGAGAUUCUUUCAUCUGGGGAUAUGGCUGCUCUGGUGUACUUAUGGAAUCCUUUUACCAUAGUCAGUUGUGUGGGUUUGUCUACUUCUCCAAUUGAAAAUUUGGUCAUCAUACUGUCACUUUAUGGAGCUUGUACACGACAAAUUCCAUUGGCAGCUUUUGGAUGGGUCAUAGCAACACAUUUGUCCCUUUAUCCUGCUAUUCUGAUUGUACCGGUGAUUCUUUUAUUAGGUUAUGGUCCAGAUGCUUCCCCAAGGAAAUUGUUACUGCAAAGGAAUUCCUGUGAACUGACAGGUCAACAGAAGGAACUGAAAAAUCAACCAGUGCAACUAAUUUGUUUCUCUUGGAAACCAGUUGUGUGUUUCUUCUUGUGGGCAUCCAUGUGGGCAUUCUACAUGUUCGUUCUAUGUGGCAUUUCUGUUAAACAAUAUGGUGGUCUUCGGGAGAUGUUUAAGAGAACUUAUGGGUUUAUUCUCACAGUGGAAGACUUGUGCCCAAGUUUGUCAUCUUGUUAAAGAAAACAAAUUCACUCUCUCUCUCUCUCUCAUCUUUCCACUUUCAAACCCACAAUCCUUUUUUUUAAUCAACCCACUACCUCACUUUCUUUAAACCCCACUUUCACUCACACUCACAUGGGCUUGUCCCAUUCUCCUCUCAUCUUUUCAACUUUUCUUUCAACUUUUUUUUCCAAAGUAUUUGAUCUGCCCAAGACGUGGCACAACACUUUAUUUUAUAUAUUAUUAUUAUUCUUAUUAUUUCAACCAAAAAAAAAAAA